UAUCAUCAUUCACCAGAUAAUUGAACAGUAAAGUUUUUAUUUGCUUCAUAAGAUUUGUUCUUUGUAAAAUGGAUAGAAGAUCAACAUUUCGAUUACGCUUUCCUUGGUCUUCUGCAUCUGAACCUGAACCUGCAACCAAACCAGCCACUCAGCCUAAUACCAAAUCUACUGGUUCUAGUCGAACAACUCGUCAGGGGACGAGAUCACAGCCUUCCAGCAGCACUAGAUCCAAAAAUAGCCCUUCCUCUAGUCCUGCAAAUGAAAACUCAACUCCAAAGCAGCCACCAAGUUCCACAACAACCGCGAUAUCUGGAAAGCCUUCUUCACCACCAAAAGCGCCUAGCCAGCCCACCACCACGAGCACAAGCGCUUUACCUGAAACUCUAACAACUCCCCCUCAACCUUCAGCUGAAAACAAAGCUUCUAUCCAGUCCACCACAAAUACAAGCCCUUUACCUGAAACUAGCCCAGUUCUUCCUCAAUCUUCAUCUGAAAACAAAGCUCCUAUUGAGUCCUCUACCACAAACACUAAACCAACAAAUGGUCCAGCUAGCCUGAAAUCUGAAACUCAAACCCCUACAUCCAUAAUAUCUCAGACACCACAAUCGAGUCCUCCAGGAGUUGCUCCCUCCAUAACUGAGUCUCAACCCUUAAUACCGUCUCAAGAAGAUCAAAGCAUCACUUUUAAACCAACUUCACCAUCUCCAUCCCCGUCUCGUCCAGCUCCUCAAUCACAAGAAAUGAGUCAAAAAUCCUCCCCAACAAGCAACGGUCCUCAGGUCCUUUCAACUGACCAACUUACCCCAAAGGCAGUUAGCACUGCGAGCGGCCAGACUUCUUCAAAUCCAUCUGAUAUAACCUCUCAAAUGCAACCGAACAAUCAGACAAUUUCCCAGCCAACAUCUCCACCAAAACAAUCACAAGACAGCUCAGAGAUUUCUCCCAAAUCCACCGAAACACUACCAUCAAACUCUGAAAAAGAACCAAUGCCCGCAACAGUUAAGCCUCAAUCAGAACAAAUGGAGCUUCCCAAGAAAGAAGCCAUAUCUGACACAUUAACUGAAGCAAAAGAUAAGUCACCUGAAAAUGUAAAACCUUCAGAUUCUUCAAGAAUCACUAGUGAACCUAAGACAGCCAGGCCGUUGGAGACAAACAUCCCGGAAACUAAAGAAGUGAAGGAAGUAGUGCAACAGACCACGGAUCCAGACAUUGUGUUUCAAUCAAAGCAAGCAUAUACAGAGAAGCAAGCCAAUUCUGAUAAUGAUCAAAUUCGGGUGAACCGUGUCUCUAAUGGAAAACAGACAAGAACAAUUUCAGCUGAACCAGAUAUACCCCUUAACAAAGAGGUAAAAGAUAACAUCUCAAAGUUUAUUAAUAGGAUGACAGUUGGAGAUGGCAAGCAAAAAUUGGAAGAGGGGCCGGUGAGCGUAAUCACCCUUGCAGGGGAUAACAGAGGAGCAUCUAUGCAACUUAGUUCAAACUCAUCAAGAAAAGGAAAGGCAGUUCACAUUCACAGAGGCUACAAACUGAAUGCAGAUGAAAGUGCCGAUGCAACCACAGAUGCAGAGGGAACUUCAAAGGGAAAACAGACAAACGAUGCAAGGACGAUGAAAGAUCAAGAACUAGAGGCAUACAUGAACUGCAAUGUGCAGGGGCUCAACAACUCAAUUACAUUUGACAGUACUAUUGAGGGGAAAAAUCCAGGUAUACAUAUGACAUUCCCUCGUAUGCCUUCCGAACCACCAAAAACAAGUGAGAAAACUGGACUGUUUGAGGCACACAAGACCGAAUAUAAUGUUACCCGUGCUCAGAAACAUACAUACAAGCCAACAAUCAAAAGAAGAUGUCUCGAAGGGCUUUUCGUUGAACCAAGUGAUUCUGAUUCAGCCAACCCUGAAAAACCUCGGAAACAUGGCUGCCAUGUUGGCGGUAAGAAGAAGAGAGACAACGAUAUUGACAUUCUUUGAAACUAAUGCAUGUAAUUAAUGAAAGUUAACAUAUCAUUCUAUACAUUUUCAAUAAGAUCUGCUGAAAGCAAUUGUAACAGAGAUGUAAAUGAUCAAUAAAACAUGAUAUCCAUGACAUGUG